AUGGCGUCUCGUAAGCGCGUCCCGACAGAGAGCCACAACAAGGGGCCAGAGGGCUCCGCUGUGGCCGUGGGGAAGAGGUCCAGAGCCGGGGACCAGAGGCACAUAGCGGCGCUGAUCCUGGCCCGGGGCGGGAGCAAAGGCAUCCCGCUAAAGAACAUAAAGACCCUGGCUGGGAUCCCCCUGAUCGGCUGGGUCCUGCGGGCUGCCGUGGACUCGGAGCUGUUCGACAGUGUGUGGGUGUCCACAGACCAUGACGACAUAGAGAAAGUGGCUCUGUCGUCUGGAGCUCGUGUCCAUCGCAGAUCUGCAGAAGUCUCCAAGGACUCGUCCACUUCUCUGGACACCAUCCAGGAGUUCCUCCGUUUGUACCCAGAGGUGGACAUUGUGUGCCACAUCCAGGCCACCUCUCCCUGUCUGCACCCGUUCCACCUGAAGGGGGCGCUGGAGUACAUCACAGAACAAGGCUACGACUCGGUGUUCGCUGUCGUCCGCAGACACCACUUCCGCUGGCAGGAGGUCAAGAAGGAGAAGGGGGAGUUGACUCGACCUUUGAACCUGGAUCCGGCCAAUCGUCCGCGGCGACAGGACUGGGACGGAGAGCUCUGUGAAAACGGAUCCUUCUACUUUUCCACCAGAGACCUGAUCGAGAAGCAGGGACUGCUACAGGGUGGUAAAGUGGCGUACUAUGAGAUGCGUCCUGAGUACAGUGUGGACAUCGAUGUGGACAUAGACUGGCCUGUGGCAGAGCAGAGAGUCCUGAGGUAUGGAUACUUUGGGCGGGACAGCCCAGAGGUGGUGCGGCUGCUGCUCUGUAAUGUCUCUGGGUGUCUCACUGAGGGACGGAUCUUCCUCAGUGCAUCAGGAGCAGAGAUGAUCUCAGUGAACACCAGAGACACUGCAGGUCUACGCAUGCUGCAGCGGGAGGGCGUGGAGGUGGUCUUGCUGACCUCCAGCCUGGACCCUGUGGCUCAGGACUUGUCCCAAAUUGUGUCUCAGCGUCUGGGCUGCGAGGUGCUGAGGGUGGGGGAGAGACCUCUGGAGGAUCUGAGGCCUCUGGUGAAGAAGAGAGACCUCACCUGGAAGGACGUGGCCUACAUGGGGAACGAGGAGGUGGAUGUGGAGGUGCUGAAUCUGGCCGGUCUGAGUGCAGUACCCUCGGACGCCCCCUUGAUGGCGAUAAAUGGUGCAAAGUACAUUUGCAGCGCAGCAGGAGGGAGGGGCGCUGUGCGGGAGUUCACUGAACACAUACGACUGCAGAAGAAGAAGGCCAAGUCCCAGCUGGAGCAGGACCGCAUCGACAGGACCAACUGCUGA